CGUUUCCGAAACUGUACUUUUAAUAGUAUCCAUCUUCUACAGCCAGUUAGCGCUACAUACGACAAAAAUCCUUAUCAAAGAGUAGGGAUGAACUCUAUGGUUGUACUUCACGGAGUUCAAAUGUAAUGAUUUUCAAACAUGGCUGUCGUAAGAAAAAUCGGAAUAUUAUCAAAUACUUUACUUAGGAACAAUGUUCCUCUUAUUCAGAUUACCAGAGGCAAUAAGGAUUUUCAAACAUUUUUAGAUUUUUGGAAACCUGUUGGAAUGAGGCCCCAUAUGCCAGAUGAUUAUCCUGAAACGGAAGAAGAGAGACGUAAAUCUGCAGCAAAAUAUGGAUUACAUCCAUAUGAAUAUGAACCAUAUCCCAAUGAUCAUAGAUACCUUGGAGAUUAUCCACAGUUACCAUGGAUAGGUGUUGUAGCUAGAGAUCCUUAUUACCCUUGGGAUUAUCCUGUUAUAAGAAGAAAUUAUGGAGAUCCUAUACAUCCAGAACAAGAUAUGAUGGGCGAAGAUCGUUAUGAUUAUGGUGUGAGACAAUUGGUUAGUGAUACUACAGGAGCUCUUAUCUUUAUAGCUACAAUAGGUGUAUUUUACCUUGCAUACAAGUUUUCUUCACACACAUCUUUUCCAAGAAUGGAAAAGCAGUAUCCAAGAAAUGGAGUUCAUUAUUCCUUUGAACCAGCUAAAUAAUUGUGUAGCAAUAAAGUGUACAAUUAUAAAUAGUCAUAAUAAAUAAAUCAGUUGAUAUUAAUUACA